AUGGGUGAGCUUGUAAAUGCUGCAAGAACAUUAGGUGAAACAGGAAAUUUUGUAGAUGGUUUUAAAAGACUUGUUUCAAAUGUUUUAACAAACACAAAGAAAUUAUUUAGAUAUACCAUACAUAACGGACGGAUUUUCGAACAGGUAGCAACAAACCCUCCGGUUAUGGCUGCGUUGAUGAUGGUUAGAGAUAUAAAACCACGUAACGACGGGAACGAAGAACAUGAACAACAGGAUACUGGUCGGGUUAUUCAAGACAUUAAAAACGUGUAUCCUGAAGUUAUUGAUUUAUUUAGAGGAGUUAAUGAUUCAAUUUCAAAACAUUCUAUAACCCUCGAUGAAGAGAAUAAAUUAACAGAUUAUAUAUUCGUCAUUAUUGCAGAACUAAUGAAGAGAAUAAAUGAAAAAGGAAUUGGUGAUAUCAUUAAUGUCAGCGAUGUAAUGAUGAAAAGAAAUUUUGACUCAUUAUUUACAAAACCGAAAACAGAAUAUAGUCUUUAUGACGUAAUUACCGAAUUAAUGAAAAAGAUUAAUGAUAAUAAGAGUUCUGGCGGAAGAGUUGAAUUAGAAGUGAAUGAUGUUAAUGAGAAAUUAGCCGAAAAAGCAGAUAAAACCACGUUCAUUAUAUAA